AAUCUCAUUUUGACGGUGCUGCCCCUGUCAACGAAUCCCUCCACUCCGCGCCGCCGAGUUCGGCGAUGUUGGCCGCCGUCCGGCGCCGCGGCCUCCUCCUCCUCCCCCAGCAUCUCCGCUUCUUCUCCGCCGUCGCCGCUGCCAGCACCACAUCCGACCCAACGGUCGUAUCCUACCUGGUCUCCAGCUGCGGCUUCUCCCCUGCCGCCGCCGCCCGCGCCGCCGGCAACGCGCGCUGGGCGCCCCUCGACUCUCGAGCCUUCACCAGCAACGCCGACGCCGUCCUCGCGCUCCUCCGCCGCUACGGCUUCACCGACGCCGACAUCUCCGUGACCGUCCGAGUGUUAUGCAAGGUCCUCGCAUCCGAUCCCACCCGGACUCUCCAGCCCAAGCUGGACUUCCUUAGCUCCGUCGGCAUCACCGCGCCGCUCCUCCCCAAGGUCGUCUCCCUCUACCCCGCUAUCCUCCACCGCAGCAUCGAGAAUCACCUCGCCCCGCUCUUCGGUUCCCUCCGCGAGGUCCUUGGCUCCGAUUCGAACAUCGUCGCCGUGCUGCGCCGGAUGCCGUUCGCCAUCCGCUGCAACUACAAGGCCACCUUCCUCCGGACGCUCCCCGUGCUCCGUAACGUCCAUGGCCUUACACCCAGCGCAAUAUCCCAGCUCAUCGGCAUCCAGCCGGGUGUCAUCCUGCUGGAGCCGGACCGCGUCGAGGAGAUCGUGCAGACUGUCAAGGACGCCGGCAUCGGACUGGCCAACCCCAUGUUCGUCCACGUCUUCGCCGCCUUCGCCAAGCUGAAGGCCUCUAAUCUGGAGAAGAAGUUUGCGCUCUACCGGAGCCUUGGCUUCGACAAGGAUGACGUCGCCGUGAUGCUGCAGCGGUGCCCGGCCAUGAUAAGGGUCUCGGACGAGAAGCUGAAGAAAGUCGUCGGCUUCUUGAUUGGCAAGGCGGGGCUGAGCCGGGAGGACAUCAUCAAAUUCCCGAACAUGCUCGAGCGGAGCCUGGACUCCCAUUCCAGGAGGUGCGCGGUGCUCGCCGUGCUGAGGAGGGAAGGCAAGCCGGAGGAGCGGCGCCGGGUGCCCAAGUUGCUCGUUGCCAGCUUCGCACAGUUCACGAAGGUGUACGUGCGGCAGCACGAGGGAGAGGUCCCCGACGUCUCACGGGCUAUCAAUGGCGAGAUCCCUUUUGAAGGCUUCGAUGGGUUGGAGAAGAAACCACAGCGACAGCAGAUGAAUUUGUGAUGUGCCUUCUGUUCAUUUGAGGCCUUGCCAUCAGCCAUUGUUGUUCUCUCUUGUUUCUUCUUUGUAGGACAAUUGCCGCUGGCCAUUGAUGUCAUUGCAAGUACUACAAGAUUAGCAGUGCAACACUCAAACCCUACCGAAGUGUACAAGUAACUACUAACCUGGAACCAUUUUGCCGUUAGACAUUGGCAAUUCAUAUUUCAAUUAUGAGCAUUUGCAGAGUAGGUGUUCGGUCUAGUGCUCAUGGUUAUGUAUAUAUGUACUGUUUGAAACUGGUUUCCUCCUUGCAUGGUACCCCCAUACAUUUGAGUGCAUUGAGGGCAUAUUAUUGUAGGACCUAUUCGAUUCGAUUUGAAGGAAAAUCAAAGGAUCCAAUUCUUAAGGAUUGGAUUCCUUUGAAAGCCAUUCAGUUUGCAGGAACUAAGGAUAGGAAAACCAAAGAAAAAAUUUCAUUCCUACAAAUUCUAGAGCGAAAACAUAGGAA